UUUUCCCAUGGAAAUAUGUUUCAUUCUUGCUUGCUUCUUUUUCUGCUGUUAUUAAUAACCUGUAACUUAACUGAACCUGGAGGGCUGUGUGAAAUAACACUUUUGGACCUGUGCUUUCAGCCACACCAUGCUGAAUAAAGUGCAGAAGUUCUGUAUAUGCCUGUGUGAGAGGGAUUCAAACAAUGUAUAUGACAGUCUGCAUACUAGACUCGGUGGCAAAGUAGGGAUCACAGGUGACUCCUCAGGAGAUGUGCAUUCCCAAAAGGAUUUUUCCAGCUCCUAACCACAGAGGAGGAGUAUUCAGCUCUCCAACUGCUCCCCAGAUCUGGCGGUUCUGAUUUGUUUCCACUGCAAAUAACCAAGAAUAGAAAAUGACACGUAAUAAGAAGUCCCCAGCCAAGUAACCGUGCACGCUGUGCUUCCUCUCAAAUAAGCAAUUCCCCUACGGGCUGAGGUCUCGGUACUCGGGCAAAAGAAAGGGCUGCAAAGGGUUAAGCCGUUGACUUGCCUGCUAGGCAAAGUUUGAGGAAGAGUAUGUCUGAGGCUGAGUACGAUGCAGCUCCGCGUUUGAAAUCUGUCACACUCACUUAGGAGCUCUGCAUCGCUGGUUGUCACCGGUGAAUAAUGAUCGCACAGUGAUAAGAUCGCUCCGCGGCGUUGCGCCGGAGCCGCCGAGGGAAAGAGAAGAAAGGAAAUUACAAGGCGUUUAACUGCUUUAGCAGGGUGUUCUUCGGUGUCAUCGGUGAGUGUCAGGGUCAAAUGACUGGCUGGACAGCAGCUUGGAAAGACAAUUUCCUUCCUCCUUUCCUUGAGAGAAACCCUGGGUGAUGGUGACCAUUGGCAGCUAUGGGAAACACAGACAUUGGUGGUCAUCUUUAAAGUAAUACCAUGCCGGAGUCCAGCUCUUCCACCACUUUCUCCCCUUUCAACCUGCCGGACCCGGUGGGCUUUGGGUGACCUACUAAGAAGGACCCACCUCUGCAGCAGCAGGAAGGCCGAAUCUGACAGAUAGAUGAUAUGAGGACUUCGUGGACAUCUGAAAGCUGAGUGUAACACCAACAGACUUCAGGGAAAGGAAAUAUUAUCCCUCCAAGCAACUCAUACAGACGACUUUCGGUAGCUUUAAAUUAACCUGUUGCUUACCUGCAAAGACACAGCUAUUAUUUUGUUCAGCACACAUGGAGGAAGGCAACAAACUUUGUAACCCUGGCUAAUAAGACUGUGGCUUUCUUAUCAAAAGUAGGAGGUAGACCAAUUAUAAGAGGAUUAUUUCAUACUCUCCAGGACUUCAACUCUGGCCUGAACACUGGGCAUAAAUAGAAGGCAGUUUUAAUGACCUGAGAUUUUGCUACCUGUGCUUUAUUAUUGUUAUCAGUUCUUUAACACUUUGGUACUUUAUUUCUUUAAAUUAGAAAUGGGUUCAUGGACUAGAACGUGUCCCACAGAUUGGGCUGUUCUCAUGAAAUCAUGGCUUAUCUUUUCCCUGGGGCUUUACAUGCAGGUCUGCAAAACUUUGGCCUGCCCAAAAGUGUGCCGCUGUGAUCGAAACUUUGUCUAUUGUAAUGAGCGAAGUUUGACCUCAGUGCCUCUUGGGAUACCAGAGGGUGUAACUGUCCUCUACCUCCACAAUAACCAAAUUAAUAAUGCUGGAUUUCCUGCAGAGUUGCACAAUGUUCAGUCUGUGCACACAGUCUACCUGUAUGGCAACCAAUUAGACGAAUUCCCCAUGAACCUGCCCAAGAAUGUCAGGGUUCUCCACCUGCAGGAAAACAACAUUCAGACCAUUUCUCGGGCAGCCCUUGCUCAGCUUUUGAAGCUGGAAGAGCUGCACCUGGAUGACAACUCCAUCUCCACUGUUGGUGUUGAGGAUGGAGCAUUCCGGGAAGCCAUCAGCCUCAAGCUUCUGUUCUUGUCCAAGAAUCAUUUAAGCAGUGUCCCAGUAGGCCUUCCAGUGGACUUACAAGAACUCCGAGUAGAUGAAAACAGAAUUGCUGUCAUUUCAGACCUGGCCUUCCAGAAUCUUACAAGUCUGGAGCGUCUGAUUGUGGAUGGCAAUCUCCUUACAAAUAAAGGCAUAGCUGAAGGCACCUUCAGCCACCUCUCCAAGCUCAAGGAAUUCUCAAUAGUGCGGAAUUCACUGACCUACCCUCCUCCUGAUCUUCCAGGUACACAUCUGCUAAGGCUCUACUUGCAGGACAACCAGAUAACUCAUAUACCACUUACAACCUUUUCUAACCUCCACAAACUGGAACGCCUCGAUAUUUCCAACAACCAGCUUCGGAUGUUGGUAAAGGGAGUAUUUGAUAAUCUUCACAGCCUGAGGCAACUCACUGUAAGGAAUAAUCCCUGGUUGUGUGACUGCAGUAUUAAGUGGGUCACUGAAUGGCUCAAAUUUAUUCCUUCUUCCAUCAACGUACGGGGUUUUAUGUGCCAGGGACCGGAGCAGGUCCGAGGUAUGGCAGUCAGGGAGCUCAAUAUGAAUAUGUUGUCAUGCCCCACCACUACCCCUGGUCUGCCACUUAUCAUCACCCCAGUCCCAGCUACAACCAUGCCAACUACAUUAGUUCCCACCUCAUCAGUUUCUCCACCAAGUAGCAAAUACCAUCCUCUCAUUCCUACCUUAGCCACACUCCCCACUGUUCCUGACAGGGAAGACAGAGAAAGGGUGACACCUCCAAUAUCUGAUCGGAUCCAACUCUCCAUCCAUUUUGUGAAUGACACUUGCAUCCAAGUUAAUUGGAUGUCUCUUUUUACCGUGAUGGCAUAUAAACUCACAUGGGUUAAAAUGGGCCAUAGCCUGGUAGGAGGAAUUGUUCAGGAACAAAUAGUUAGUGGAGAUAAGCAACACUUAAGCUUGGUAAAUCUGGAGCCCAGAUCCACCUACCGGAUUUGCUUAAUUCCACUGGAUACUUACAACAAUUACCGAACUGCAGAAGACACUGUCUGUUCGGAAGCCACAACCAAGGCUUCAUUUUUGAGCAAUGGCAGCAACAUCCCCUCCAGCCAUGAGCAGACAACUUCUCAGAACCUGGGCUCCCCAUUUCUGCUGGCAGGGUUGAUUGGGGGUGCAGUGAUUUUUGUCCUUGUGGUCCUGCUCGGCAUUUUUUGCUGGCACAUGCACAAAAAAGGGCGUUACACCUCCCAGAAGUGGAAAUACAACCGGGGCCGUCGGAAAGAUGACUACUGCGAGGCAGGGACCAAGAAGGACAACUCCAUCCUGGAGAUGACGGAAACCAGCUUCCAGAUUGUCUCCUUAAAUAAUGAUCAGCUCCUUAAAGGAGAUUUCAGACUGCAGCCCAUUUAUACCCCAAAUGGGGGCAUUAACUACACAGACUGCCACAUCCCCAACAACAUGCGAUACUGCAACAGCAAUGUCUCAGACCUGGAGCACUGUCAUACGUGAUAGUGUGGGCAGAUGGGGGUGUCUAGGACAAAGAAAAAGAACUCUCAGAAAAGAUAACCCCUGAAAAACAAUGAAAAGAAAUUACAUUUGAUAAAUGUUACACAGAUGCAUUUAUGCAUUUGAAUACUCUGUAAUUUAUACGGUGUACUAUAUAAUGGGAUUUAAAAAAAGUGCUAUCUUUUCUAUUUCAAGUUAAUUGCAAAUGGUUUUGUAACUCUUUGCUUUUUAAAAUCUUUAAAAAAUAUUGCUAAGUACUGUACAGGGUUGUACAAUAAGAACCCAAUGUCAUGGCAAAGGAAAGAAUGACUCAUUCUUCAAACAUUAACCACUUUGCUGUCGAAGCUGUCUGAGGGAUGUUAAGUUUCUCAGUCUCCUGCAGUACAGGAAAAUAAGUGCAUAUUAAAACAGGGUCACUAGGAAUGGACAAAAGUGAUUCAGAUAAAAUGGGUAUGUCCCUUCUGACUUAAACACGGCAGUUGCUGUUGUGCUUCAAACAACUGGAAACACUUCCCUUCCCCUUUGUCACUUCUGCAUUUCCUACCUCCAACUGAAAGCUAGAGUUCUGAGUGCUACCAAAAGGCUGCUUUCUUCUUUGAUUAGUUUCCUGUCAAUAUAUGUGGAAUAGGAAAGGUAGACAGAGCUCAGUGUCAAACUUAAAGUGACCUUGAUUCCUAUUUUCAAAAGCUACUCUGAAAAUGUCCCCUAACACUAUAUACUUUUAUGACAGAAACUGUUCCUGUUUUUCAUUAUGAUUAAGAAGCUUUAGGCAUUCUUUGACCCUUUUCACUGGGAGAUGAAGGUUAUCAGUAUGUAACAGAUAGCUGUCAUUAAGUUGCAUCUCCCUUUAAUGGGGCAGCAUUUGUUGACACAGUGUGUUCAGGUAAAGCUUGAAUGAGGGGAAUUCUGAGUGCUCCCAGCUCUGUAGUAUUCAUGUAGAAUUUGGAAUAUAAAAGUGUAAGUUGCUGAAAAUAUGAUGCAAAGUAUGAUGCAAAUGAAAGGGUUACUAUUGACUUUCAUAAUUCAAGACCUGUUUAAUCUAGGGUUCUGAGUUAUGUUCUGUAUGGUGAAGUAGGGGGGGAA